CUGAUCGCUGUUAGGUUGUGACGGUCAGAUCCUGCACUGCUUUUCCACAGUGUUUGUGUUUUCUUUCACUGACCUAUUUGUUAUUUUCUGCGGCUGUGACGUCAAAGCGGAUUUUCUCUGAACCACGUCACGGUUACGUCAUGUUGUGUGGAUGACCGCGGGUCUGUUAUUGUGGAAACAUGAAUACGCUGGUGACCAAACUAGACCACAAAUGGAUCAGUUUAACUUUCAGACAACCUUGGAUAACCACUAUGGUAGCUCUCAAGGUCCAUCUCUCCACACUUCCACCAGAACCUGUCAUCCCCUCUAAGAAGCCUUUCAAAGUGGAGCUUGUUGGUGGAAAGCGUUACUCGUGGUGCACCUGUGGACACAGCAAGAAACAGCCUUUCUGCGAUGGAGCACACAAAACCAAAGCCCAGGGCCUGUUCCCACUACGCUUUGUCCCAGAAAAAGACACCACAGUUUGGUUGUGUGGAUGCAAGUACACAAACAACCCGCCCUACUGUGAUGGCACGCACAAACAGGACUUCAUCGUGUCUGCCCCGCUACAUCAACACACUGACUCUUAAACAAGGAGGAUUAUUGCAGAGUGAUUUCUGUUUGACUGAGAGACAAACAGACAGACCUCAGUCCUGAUCUUGGAAAGUAAACCUGCGCUCUGGUUGUAGAGGCAGAGCAUAAACAUCGGUGUUGCAGUCAUGUUUUUGUAGAUCAUGAAAGCAACACACACAACAUGACCAUGAAGUGUUUAAAUCUUGUGUGUUGACAAUAUUUCAUCUGUGCUUGACAGAGGAGAGAGUAGAAGUAAAAAGUCCUUAACCUCAGUCCUCCUCCUAUAAAAGACAGAGAGUGUUGCUUUAACAGUAGGGAUGGGUGAUAUGAUUUACUGUAAGAUGAUAGAAAUUAGUCCACUGGUAGAGAUUUUGCUUUGCCAUUAUACUGUAGUAUCUGUCUCUUUUAAUAAAUGGUUGUAAUUUCA